AUGUGGACUGAAAACGACGAUAAAAUAGAGGAACGUGUGCGCAAUGGAUUGGGCGCUGUCAACUCGGUGGCCGUUAAUGAUGACCGGAUCGCUCCGGUGCCAAGCACAGCCGCUGCGACACCAUCCAUAUCCAAUUUGAACGUGAAUAAUUCAAAAAAAGUGCACAUUGGUCCAAAAUUUGUAUCCGUCACGCAGAAUGUACAAAAUCAAGAGGUGGUCAAAGGCCGCUUUCUAGGCCUUGAGUUGGUCUCGCCAAAUAAUGCACGUACACUACGCUGCAGUGUGGCUGUCUUCGUUUGCUGGGCAUUUCUCGUAGCAUCUGGCCUGGCAAUCUACCUCUUAUACAUGACCCUACUCAAACACCAAACACGACUAGACAUAGGUCUGACGGAGUCCUGGUUUCUUCGGCGAGAAGACUGGCAAGCCUUGCCUUCUUACAGUGAAGAAUUUCUUGUACUCCCAGUAUCCUCUGUGAUAAUAGGACAUUCAGCCUCAAAGUACUGUAAUCAGAAGUUCGCUUGUGUAGAAGAGAUGUUAUCCAUACAACAAGAUCAUUUGAGAAGGGGUUGGUUGGAUAUUGGCCCUAAUUUUCUCGUGGGGGGUAACGGAUUGGUUUUUGAAGGGAGAGGGGCGAACAUUUUGGGCGUCAUGGUAUCAUUUUGGAAUAGAAGAAGCAUCACAAUAAUGUUUAUCGGAAACUACGUAAAUGACGUACCUGAUGACGCACAGUUUCUACAUGUAAAUAUUUUACUAAAAAGAUUAGCCGAACUGGGAGUGUUGACGCCGAACUUUAUAGUUUACGCACAGUGCCAAGUACAGCCGUUGACUGUCCCACCGGGUCGACAUUUAUUGCGAUCAAUGGACAAAAUAAUUCACUGGAAACCUUUAAACAUUACGGGUUGUUUAUCCAGAUGA